UGGCUUUUUCAUGGUUGACUAUGGCCUAUUCUUAGUCCAAAAAGAUUGAAAGACUUGUAGUACUGUGGUCACUAGGCAUCAGUAAUGUUAUGAGACUUGACGUUAAUUCCGUUACCUUUCACACUGCAUGGACACUGGCUACUGAGCCAGCAGAGCCCAGCCGACAUGCCAUGCCAUGAGACGGACAUGCCAUGGCUGAGACGGACAUGCCAUGGCAGAGAUCGAGUGGAAAAAAGGUUCUGCCCUCAUUCUGUGUGGAAGUGAAACGCAAAGUGCGACCCACCACCGUGCGAGUGAUCUCCGCCGUCCUCUCCAUCCUCAUCGGGUGCCUCAUCUUCCUCGCCGUGCCCACUGUUGUCUUCCAGAAAUCUGAGGACUGGUCCUUUCUGGAGUCGCUGUACUUUGUGGUCAUCACGCUCACCACGGUGGGCUUUGGAGACUACGUACCAGAUGGGAGUCAUGCGGGCGGGUUCUUCUUCAAACCUCUGGUGUGGUUAUGGAUCAUGUUUGGUUUGGCCUACUUUGCCUCCAUCCUCACCAUGAUUGGCAACUGGCUGCGUGUGCUGUCCAAGAAGACCCGUGCUGAGAUGGAGGAGUUGCGGGCCCACGCCACAGACUGGACCCAGCACAUGUCCAAGGACUUCCGCAUCCCCAACCCCCUGGAGUUCAACGACCCCUUCCUGCUGCAACGCCGGCGCUGGAAGCGAAGCGAGCGCCGUCGCAUCCGCCGCGGUGCACAGGGCACGUUGGGAUACUGGGUCAGAGCGGGGUCCGAGAACGGACACCUUCCCAACCACUGGGCCGGCCUCUCCGGCUCCAUGAGCCGCCUGGAGGUGCUCGGCUCCUCCCUGGAGAGGAAGAUGAUGUCCACACCUCGGCUGAGGGUCGUCAAUGCUGGAGUCGGAGGCGGCGGGACCAUUCCGAGAGCGAAGCCCGCCGAGCCCUCUGCUGCUUUGCGGCAGCAGGUGGGGAGGCGGUCCUUACCUCACCUGCUGAUGCGCUCCUUCUCCAUGCCUGUCGCUCACUCAGCCUCCGAGCUGGACUCUCCAGAAGCGGCCAUGCAGGAAGGCUCCCUCUCAGGAUCAGAGUCGCCUUUUGACUCCAGGUCUGACAUCUCCUCUGCAUCUUCAUCUUUCUCGGUUCUCCGGAGGUUCCGGGCCUACCGUGCAGCGUGUGGCGUUGAAGGUGGAGGAGUCUCAUCGCAAGACAAACUAAAGGAAGAAAGUAAACGUUCACCCUCCCCACUCGCUCCUCUUCCUCCUUACUCUCCCAACAUAGCCGCCGCCGCCGCCGACCCUUCAGCGGCCUGUCAGCUGCUGGACUUCUUCGGGGAGAACUUGGCGUACAUUGACGAGUCCUCGGACGCGCUGAGCGAGCACGCCCGGCCAGCGGCCGGCGAGGACAGGAAAAGGCGACCACGUAAGACCAAGAAGAGAAGCGUGAGGAGGCACCUGACGCACAAGUGGAGCCCCCUUCAGGUGAGGAGGCCCAGCAGCGACACGCAGCCUCCCUCCGACCCGCCUACGCCGCCUCCUGACUCGUCUCUGUCAGACCUGACUCGCUCAGAGAACCACACAGACUCGCUUCCCACACUCUGACAGCCUGCAGGGACAAUUUAUUCUUAUUUUUUACAACGUGUGAAUGCUUGAAAACGCACCGUUUCAUGGUUUGCAUGUUUGCCUCACGGUCAGGAGAUCCUGGCUCCCAUCUCUGUUGGAACAUUUCGCACAUCUCAAUAACACGCACGGUGGCUUCAGGCGGGCCAGGUGGACCCUGCCUCAGCUGGGAUAGGCUCCAGCUCACCCGUGACCCUGAUGAGGACAAGCGGUUUAGAAAAUGAAUGUAUGGAUCAUCACGUCAUCCAGGGGUGUCCAAAGUGCAGCCCGGGGGCCAUUUGUUAAAUAUGAUUUAACAAGGACGUGAAACCAAAAAACUGCAAAAAUGGAAAAAAACAAUAGUAAUUUUACAAGAAUAAAGUGAAAAUAUAAGAGAAAAAAGUUGUAAUUUUACAAGAAUGUAAUAUUAUGAGGGAAAAUAACAUCAUUUUAGUUACUUCAAGUUGAAAUAUUAAAGAGAGACAUUUUUUUGUUGUAAUAUUGCGAAAAACAAACAAAACUAAAAGUUGUAAUUUUUGGAAAAUAUGGUUGCGGAAAAAGGUAAUAAUAAAGUUAGGAGAAUAAAGUCAUAAUUACAAGAAGAAAGUUGAAACAUUUGGAAAAUUAAAACAGAAAAAAUGAAAAAAAAACUAACAGUAAUUUUAUAAGAAUAAAGUUUAAAAGAGUAAAAAGUUGUAAUCUAAUGAGAAAAAGAGAAAAAGAAUGUUGUAAUAUUAUGAGAGAAAAUAACAUCAUUUUAUUGCAUGAAGAGGAAAUAUUAAAGAAAGACCAACAAACGAAUAAAGCAGGAAAACGUAUUCAUGUUAUGAGAAAAAUGGAAAAUAUUAAGAGAAAAUAGUAUUUUAAUGAGAAAAAAAGAGAGAAAAGAAGGAAAAAUGUUGCAUAGAUUUGAAAUAUUAAAGAAAAAAUGUUAUUUUUUAAAAGGUCUUAAUAUUAUAACUUUUGUUUUGUUUGAUUUUUUUAAGUCGUAAUAUGAGAAACAAACAAAACAACGUCAAAUUGUAAUUUUUGGAAAAUUAGGUUGAGGAAAAAGUUCCAAUAUUGUGGGAAUAAAGUCAAAAUAUUAUGAAAAGUCACAAAGAUUAUCAAGAAGAAAGUCAAAGAAAGAAAGCAAAACGGGGGGAAAAAGAGCAAAGAGUGAAGUUGAUGCCAUUAAUGGGCUUUUUCACCUGCACUUUUUUCUUGAAACAUGGUACUUGUUAGCAUUUCAUAGCAUAUCAUAGCACAUGUGUGUUUACCAAAUAUCCAAGUGGCAAAGUUCCUCCUUUCAUUUUUCACUAUGUGACCCUCGCCGGAAAAGGUUUGGACAUCCCUGAUGUUGUCGUCUUUUGGGUUUACUGUUGCCAUGGUGAUUGAGUUACAGUCUUGCAUCCUUUAUUUAAAAGUGUCAUUUAAACAGUGCCAAAAACUCGUUACAUUUUGUGAAAGGCCAAAUAACGCAUUCAAAAACGAUUAUGAUAUGUAUCAUAAGAAUAAAUAGUCUUCUCUAGCGCAUGACAAACCCCACCGUCGGUGAAAGUAUGCCCCCUUGUGGUUAUGAGCAGGAUAGCAGCUGACCGCAAUCGAAAUGGGCGAUUUAUUUAUACAAAAAAUAUAUAUGACUGUUUACACGACAAUGGUAUAACAAAUACUAACCUCAACGUUUACGUUUUUAAGAAGGUUUUGUGUGUGUGUGUGUGUGUGUGUGUGUGUGUGUGUGUGUGUGUGUGUGUGUGUGUUUGUGCGCGCGCGCUUUGUCAGCUAGUUCCGUGUCCAGUGUGGGCGUGCGCGAGCCUACGACGUCACAUCCAAAGCAAAGAUGGCGGCCCUCGGUGGCAAUUUUAACAUUUUUAAAACUUUUUAAGACUUUUUAAACGCACACAUUCGAUGAAAAGGGUAUUCAAAUGACGAUUUCUCAGGACAAGCGUUUGUCGUGGAUGAGAGUAGUGGUUAAAGCAACGUGAUAUCGCCACCUGCUGGCUUGGCAUGCCUAUUUCAGCGUUUUGUUGCAAGGGAGCGUUUCAUUUCAUGAAAAAAAUCCACUACUAUAAAUAAUUUAAAAAAAAAAUAGUUUUAUGUUUUUUAUAAGUAUGUAAUUUAUGGAUAUUAUUUUUUAUCACGUGGGCUUUAAAUGCACUGCACAAUAACAUGGAUGUGCAUGAUUGAAGGAGUGUAAUAUGAAAUGAAAGCAUCUCUCCAGAUGACUAUUUUAAGCAGGAAAAAGGUCAGUUUAGUCAGACAUUUUGUGCUUGCUGCAGACGUGCUGACCUCUGCAAGUCCUCAUUGAACCCAACAUGUGGGUGCAUGCGGUCUCCACCGAAGCCUCUUGCUUACUCAGGAGGCCCGGGAACGCAACAGGAGGACCAUUAUGGCCGCGCUCCCUCCACCAGGGUCAAAAUAAGCCACACUCACGUUCAAGCUGCCGCGUAUUUUAUCAUUUGUUGACAGCGGCCUGGAAAAGGAAGAAAGUCACACGGGCUGAAAAGCUUUUGACAAGUUGAUUCAUGCGUUUAAAAAAGAAACACGCUACCAUAUUUUUGUUUUGUUGUAAUGUCAGCAGUAAAAAUGUGUGAAGGAUUGUUCCGCUUGCAGAUUACAAGUUUGAAGAAAUAUAUGACUUUUUAGGGCAUAAAUAGGUCUUAUUUUAUGAGCUGUAAUAAAGUUCUGUCUUGACUUCUGCGCCAGGACGCCCUCAAGUGUUUAAAAAGAGAACUUGCGUGGCUUUGGCAUCUUUUCUUUCAGCUUGAAGGCCACACAAUAGCCCGUCUCUUUUCCUCCUCCUCCUCGCUGCUGCUUGUAUAACUUUUUACUUUGUCUUUAUGGAUGUCAAUGCCUCGCCUUGCGUCCACGUCCAGAGCGCACGUCCCUCCCAAGGCCAACGGCAGCCAGCAUGAGACGCUCUGCAGUGGGAUAAGUACAGGUUGGAUAUAGCAAGAGGUAGUUAAGUGGAAAAGACAAACAGAUGCUGGGCCCAGUUUACUCAGGGAGGGAGGAGGUGGGGGGACGGGACCUCACCGCACGCUCAAUGCAAGCACCCCCCUCCCAACACACACACACACACACACAAAGUGAGGCUGUGGCUUAAAAAAAAGAAAGAAAUGUCUUUAAGCUAUUUUAAUUGCACAAGUAGCUUGGAUGAAACCUUAAAUCCAACCAAAGUGGUCUCCAAAUUGGAGAUAAGCGGCCUUUGGUAAACUGAACAUGCGUAUAAGGCUUUUAUUGUCAUACUAACAUUUUUUAAGUGUUGUAUUUUAUGUGCGACACAGUAAAAUGUGCAAAUAAGGAUGUCAAUCCACAUGAAAAAAUGAGUAUGGCUCUAAAUUUUGUCAUUGCUGCGGUGGUUUUAUUUAUUUGUUAAAAAAAAAAAAAACGAUGGACCCUGAGUUAGCAUCAUUAAUUGGUUCCAGAAGGUCCGACUCUAAACGCUAAUUCAAUCAAUUUUUCCCGUAAGAAAGAACGUAAAUCCAUUUUAUCCGUUCCACAAAGCCAAAAAUGUUAACAAAAAACACGUGUUUAUAGUUUUGCAUGCAUAAAACAAUCCCAAAAUGCAUAUAAAUGAUAAAUGAAAGGUAACCAAACGAACAUUUAAGGUGACUUACGUCAUUGUCGAUGCGAGUGUUCCCGAAGACACGAUGUGGCAGUUAUUUCUUGAAUUCAACAUUGUUUCUCACCUCAAUAAACCACAAUGAUAAAGUUGAAUAAAGUUUCAGGUGCCAGCGUUUUGAUAAAGGUGACAAGCAGCAUUGAAUUCAAGAAUUAAGUCAUGGCAAAACAGGAAAAUGGCGUCCGUGUGGUGUCUCGCUGCCACGUCCUGUCUUUGUGAAUACUCUCGCCUUCAGUGAAGUUAAAAAGUAACCUUAAAUGUUCAUUCACUCCACAUUGGUAUACAUUUAGGAUUGUUUUAUGAAUGUAAAACCAUAAAAAGGGUGUUUUGUGUUGACAUCAUAGACGAGUGACAUAGCUGACUUCCGGUUCUGUUUGCCAUUGUGUUAGCAAGCUAUGCUAACAAGGACGUUUGUGAUAUUAAAAAAAAAAAAAAAAAACCUUACGAACACAGUUGGACUCAUCGUAUUGUACGCUAAUCAGAAAAUGUACACAAACAGAGGCAUUAUUUUGAGGUACAUUUUCAUGCUAAAUGGGGCAGAUGCUAACCGAGGUGCCACUGUACAGUCUUUUUUUUUAAAUCCAGUUUUAAGAUACUAAAUAUAGAUACAUCCAGCUUUUCAUUGGACUACAAUAAUAUGUAUGUCCAGCCCUCCCUCUUUAUAUUGCAGUUUUUUAAAAAAUGUAUUGAAAAUGUAAAAAAAAUUAGCUCUUUUGUGGUCUAUUAUUAGUCCAAACAUAAGGAAAUACAAGUGAUAUGUAGUAUUGUGGUCACUAGGUGGCGGUAAUGACACUAAACAUUGAGACAUUAGCUUACAUAACAUUACCUUAACACUGCUUAAAUUCAGCCAUGGCAUGUACCACAUGAUCCAUCCAUCCAUUUUCUAUACCGCUUCUCCGGGGGUACACCCUGGACUGGUCGCCAGCCAAUCGCAGGGCACAUAUAGACAAACAACCAUUCACACCUAUGGACAAUUUAGGAGUGAAAAAAAGUUCUCCUCCCAACCUGUGUGGAAGUGGUAGGUUUUUGGCUUCUUAAGUUUAGAAGAAAUAAAUUAAAGGUUAACUGGUUAGCUCGCUAGCUAGCAGCCGUCUCGAGUACCUGCAUCAUGAUGCAAACAAUGAAUAAUAGGAGUGUAACGGUGACUAUAGGGUUGUUAUUUCAUGUCUACAGGGCUCUAAUAAUGUUAAAAACUGUAUUUAUGAAGUCAUAAACAGGUUUUCAAUAUUCCAUUUAUUAACAGUGAAUCCUAUAUUGACAUUCAUUUAUCACGGUUGGGUGUAGGACUAGUUUGUGCCAUAAACGAGGGACGACUGUAUUCUAAACUGUAUUUUGAUCUUAAAUGUUAUUACAAUCCUAAUUUGUUAGACUUGGAUUUUGUUAUUUUAGUUUUAUUAAAUAAGGAAAGGCAAGUUUGUAGGUUGAAUGUGGUCCAUAGUUUUAUUAAUUAUUAGUUUAUUUUCACUGUAAAAACAAUCAAAGAUCCUCUCUAUGCCAGGAGACCGCUGCUGUUUUUAAGGACCUACUGUGAAAACACUACUCCAAGAUCCUUUAUUUAACAGUGUGAACUUUGCCUCCAAAUAAAACACGAACCAAAGAUCCUCUAAAUGACAGGAGUGCUCUGCUGUUUCACAAUCAGUGAUGACUUGAAUAAUGUCAGUAAUAAGUGAACAAUGUGAUAUUUCGGUUGCUUGGAAAAAAAACCCAACCUUGCUCCUUUAUGUAAUUUUUGUUGAAGGCGUAUUUUUAGCGGUGAGGUUGAGCGAAGCGGAUAUGUCUCUUUAAUGGACAGCAGUGUUUCCUGUUGCAUAACUUUACUAAACGCUGCUUGACCACCACUUCAUACUUCCAUGACUGGACGCUGCAGCAAACAUCGGGAGUCGCAUCACGCAUGACCUCACCACACACGCAUGCACACGCACACACACACACACACGCGCACACACACACAGAGGGAGAGAAACCACUGGCAUACCAGCGUCUAUAUUUAAAAACGAACCCUGUGGAUGUUUUUCUUUUAUUUCCAGCAUUUAGACUUUUUCUCCAGCGUUUUGCCAGAAGAGAAGAAAACGAUGAGUGGACACUUUGACGAGAUAAUGAAUUAAAGAAACCAAAAGAGGACAUCAUUGGGAUGAGACAAAUUGAGUCCGAUCAUGCAUCCCCACGCCUCUCCUCCCGCCACAAAUGCCAGAAGGAGGAGGAGGAGACACGUUUUUAAAUGGAAGCCUUUGGUGAGCGGCCCGGCCCGGCCCGGUGUCUGGAAACCUUUCACAUCCUGUUUACGCCGGGCGGGCAGACUUUGGGGACCACAGGGAGCUGGCAGUGUGGAACACAAGCUCCUCUUUCUUCAUGUCACCAACAGUCCAAGGCAAACAUCACGUAACGCAGCGCACACAAUGUGUGAAUGAUACAAGUCCCGCAGAGGUUCGACUAUGUCGACUUAUUUACAGCAUCCAACGGCAAACAGGAAGUGGAGCGAGAGAGGAAGUCCUCCCCGUCAGCGACACUUGCAGGAUUUCACCACCAUGUUGGAGAGCUGCUCCACGCGGGGGGAGCGCCCGAUGAAGUACAUGAUGGUGAGGGGCUCCAGGUCCUGGGGGACGCAGCAGGGCGAGGCCGAGGCUUCGGGGUUGAGUUUGUUGUACAGCGGCAGGAUCUGACACAAAAAAGAAAAGAGCACUUUGGUGUUUUUAUGUCAGCUUGACCGAAAUCCUUUUUUUAUUCCUCCUCCUGAGGUCUUUCAAGUGUGAUUCUUGCUUAUUUUAGCACACUGACAGCUGUUGGUCAUAGUUUGACCUUCUCUUGGCUUCUUUGGGGACAAAGUUGACUGGGUUACACUGUAGAGUAGUCAGUGUACAGCUUGUAUAGCUACCUGAAAGUGACUCAACACACACUGUUGUCUAACGCAGGCGCGUCCAAAGCCUUUUCCAACAAAGGCCACAAAGCGAAAAAUGAAAGGAUGCAACUUUGCCACUUUGAUAUUUUGUAAAGCAACACAUGUACAGUGUUUACCCCCCGUUCCUGAUUUCUUUUUUUCGCAUUAUUGUCACACUUAAAUGUCUCAGAUCAUCAAACAAACUUAAAUAUUCGUCAAUGACAACACAACUCAACAUUGAAUGCAGUUUUUAAAUGAAACUUUUUAUCAUUAAGGGAGAAAACAAUCCAAAGCUACGUGGCCCUGUGUGAAAACAUGAUUGCCCCCCCGUUAAAACAUAACUUAACUGAGAUGAAUUGAGAUCUAUCAGUGUGGAAAAGGUUAUAAAGCCAUUUCUAAAGCUUUGGGACUCCAGCCAACCACAGUGAGAGCCAUUAUCCACAAAUAGCCAAAACAUGGACCAGUGGUGAACCUUCCCAGGAGGGGCCGGCCAAGCAUGAAUUGUGCUGAAGGAGAAUGUUGGUGACCUCAAGCUGAAAGCAACUUAGGUUCUGCAGCAGGACAAUGAUCCAAACCACACCAGCAAGUCCACCUCUGAAUGGCUGAAGACUUUGGAGUGGUCUAGUCCAAGUCCUGACCUGAAUCCUAUUGAGAUGCUGUGGCAUGACCUUAAAAAGGAAAAGCCUCCAAUGUGGCUGAAUGACAACAAUUCUGCUAAAUUCCUCCCCAGCGCUGGAAGAGACUCAUUGCAAGUUAUCAGUUGUUGCUGCUAAGGGGGGCCCAACCACAUAUUAGCUUUAGGGGGCGAUCACCUUUUCACACAUGGCCAUGUAGCUUUGGAUUUUUCUCCCUUAAUAAUAAAAAGAUUCAUUUAAAAAGUGCAUAAAGUGCAAAAAAAAGCAACGUGAUCUACACUUGGUGGUGUGUAGAGGGAAGCCCACCAUGUUGUAGUGGUUGUUGGCGCUCCAGAGGUAAGGACAGUUGCCGGCACAGAAGUUGGCCUUGUAGCCUUUGGGCUCAUGGAUCCACUUCCAGUUGAGGUCCCGUCUGAAGUCGAUGUAGAGCGAGCGCAGGCAGCAGCCCGAUUCUGAGCCGCUGACAAAGGAGAAGGCGAGGGGACAUUCGAGUGGUGGGAAGAUGACAAGUGAACGUUUAAUGACAAUGUGAGUCCCCCCCCCCCACUGUGUGAGCGAGACUAAAUAAAACACACAGCAGUCUAAACACUGGCACACUAUUGUUAGCCUUGCCGCACAAUAAUAGCCUGAAAACCGCUUCCACCGUGGGACAAGUAGUGAGGAUGUGAUUACAUAAGCGAGUAUGUGGCAUCCUACCGGGAGCAGGUGGCAGCGUCGGUGGCCGCCGCCCUCUUCUUGCGGUUCCUCUUGGCCGGGUUGUCCACUCUGUCACUGGGCAGCAGGGUGAGGAUGAGGUGCGGCGUCUUGGUGCUGAAAUCUGCCUGACCUUUGACCUGGCUUUGCAUUUUGAUGUGGCGAAGCUGCUCGUCGUCCACGCCUGAGGAAGCCGUGACAAACAUCCUUGGGUGUGCUGUCUUGGCUCUGCUGUCGGCACACGGCUAGCCUGACACACGCUUCCGUGUAUUUCAUCUGUUCACAUCACGUCUCUUAAACGUGUCAAAUAUUUCAGGUCAUGGCCCCCUGCCAGGCUAACAACACCCCUCAUCAUCCUGUCAUUUCGCUUAGCAGUGUGCUAGCACGCUAACUGGCCCGCGAGAGUGCUUAGCGACACAACGUUCAAUCUAUUUGAAAUGUUUAUUCUCACAUGGCUUCACCAGUCAGCCAGUGGGGGAGGGCUACAAAAAACAAGCCCCUGGCUUGUCUUACAGCAGAAUCAAACAUUGGUAUUGCUUGUUGACAUAAAAGUGGAAAAAAGAAAACAUUUUGCUUGAGUGUAAAUUUGGACCAAAGAGCCGUAAUUUGGGGGCGUUGAGCUCAACAGUCACAGUGUGCUGGGGAACAGCAUGGCUGUUAUUUAACACCACGGUGCCGCGUGACGGCCGCACUUCUUGCUGUGCAACCGCAGCAAACACGUUUCAUAGCCUCAAGUGGAUUUACACUUUGCCUUUGCUUUUCCCCCCAUUUUUCCUGUUUUUUUAUUAAUUUUUUUCAAUUUUCUCAAUUUUAUUUUCACUUCAUUCCCAUAAUAUUUGGACUGAUACAGCUUUUUCGCAAACCUAAUUUCCCCAAAAUUACAACUUUAUUUUGUUUUGUUGGUUUCUCAAUGUUGAAAAGUGUAUUUUUCAUUGUAAUAUUUCAAUAUAUCUCUGUGCAUCCAAAGUGACAUUAUUUUUCCUCAUAAUAUGACAACUUUAUUCUUAUAAAAUUGCAUUUUCUCUUUAGACGACAACUUUUUUUUCUCAUAAUAUUUUUACCUUAUUCUCGUAAAAUUAUAGCUGUUUUUUUUCACAUUUCGGUUGUUUUUUUUCCGUAAUUUUGACUUUAUUCCCAUAAUCUUUUGACUUAAUUAUCCAAAUAUUAUACAUUUUUCGACAAGCUAAUUUUUUUAAACUGUUUUUUUUGUCUCUCAGAAUAUUACGAUUUUUUUUUUAAAUAAGGUCUUUUUUCUUUAAUAUUUCAAUGUUAUGCUACUAAAAUGUUAUUUUUUCUCAUAUUACAUUAUUUUUAUUUUACUUUUUUCUUGUAAUUUUUCCAUUUUUGCUGCUGUUUUUUUUUUUUUUUUUUGGAGUUUUCUUGUUAAAUUAUAUUUUUAGAAAAGACCAAAAAAUACACAGCCGUGGGCUGCAAAUGGCCCCCGGGCCACACGUUGGACACCACUGAUCUAACGCAAUCAAUAUUAAAAUAUCUUUAACAAUCCAUUUAAGAAUAUCUUCAUUGUUGCAGUGGUAAUGUGUGUAUUUUGCUCCAAUUUAUGUUGAAUAAGGUAACAAAAUGUAAUAUAAUAAUACUCAUAUUGUGCCCUCCACUGUAAUAAUACUCUUUUUCCCUUAGUACAUAAUAAUAAUACUAUAUAUAGUACAUAUAUGUGUGUAUGUGUGUGUAUAAGUACACUGUAUAAUGAAAAUGCUAACAUUACCUGUUAUAAUACAUGUACAGUAUGCAACAGGUUCCCCUGCUGCCUAGAGGGCGCCAACCUUCAAAUGUGCUAAAAGCAUUAUAUCCCGCCCGCUUCCCGCUUUGAACACGCCCUCUUCCUGCUUUGAGUACAUAAGGCACGCCCCACGUAACACAUGCACGUUUGUUGUCAGCUAAUGAUGGCAAUUUGGCAAAGUUUAGCUACACAUGUUAGCUUUAAAUGAAUGUAUAGCCUUUCAUAACAACAACAUGAAUGUUAAUGUUUGAUCGCCUCUCUGAGACUUGCUUUUGUUUGUGUGUGUGCAUGUGUGCGUGCGUGUGCGUGUGUGCGUACGCGCCUGGCGUUCUUACAUUUGUUGGUUGCAUCCAGUCUCUUUAGCCUACAGUAUCUCAACUCAAGUAUCAAUAUUUGCGUAAAUAAAAAUGAUAAGAAAUACACGAUGUCAAAUGUGUAGUCUUCAACUUUGCGAAUUUCGCGGCAUCACUCAUCACGGUUUUCCAAAAUAUAUGAAUUAUUAAAUCAUCUCUGUUUCGUGGUUGACUGCAGCCUAUUAUUAGUCGAAAGGUUUGCAUAUUUCAUCCAUUUUGACAUAUUCUUGGCAUUUUCAAGCAUGAAAAUGGCUAAGUGAAGAAAAUUACAAAUGUAAGGCAUUCAGAAGAUACAUUCAAAGAUGUGAUAUGUCCUAUCCUACACUGGCCACUAGGUGUCAGUAAUGUUACAUUGAUGAGACAAUCGCCACUGCAGAAAAAACAAGGAACUCAAUCACAGGUGUCAAACUCAAAGCCCGAGGGCCAGAUUCUUACCGUCAUAUUAUUUUAUGGCGCCCGCGAAAUCUUGGGAGUAAUGCACAUGGAAAAGACACUUUUUAAAAAUGUGCUUUUUCAUAAUUGUAUUAUUUGUAUUACUUAUUAUGUAUUUUUCAAUUGUUUUAGAUGACAAAAUAUUUAAGAAUAUAAUUUUGAAAAAUCCAAAAGACAUCUUUCUUGCUAAAUGUCAUCGUUCUGUCAAUUUUGAACUGCACGCAAUCCGACUUUUCAUUUUUAUUUGAUUUGAAACCUCAUUUGAAAUGAAUGAUACAAUAGUUGGAUACUAAAUUUCUGCUUGGCACCUUGACUUCUGAUUUCUGAUUGUAAGUAAGUCAAUAAAUCAUAUUGUUAUAUAUGUAUAUCAAUUAUACAUUUAUAUGGUUUCACAGUUUCAGGCAGCCCUCGGAGUGCAACCAUAAUUGCAAUGUGGCCGACAGUGAAAAUGAAUUUGAGGCCCCUGGUCUAUAUUAUGUUACACUGAUGUCUAAUAUGGCUUCAUUUCUGUUCAUAUGUCUACUAUAUUGGGUAACAGGAGCCUAAAGCUCACUAUAGGGGUGUUAUUUCAUGUCUAGAGGUCUCUAAUAAUGUUAAAAAGCGUAUUUAGAAGGUUGUACACAGGUUUUCUAUGCUGUAACUACAAAUAUAUUCCAUUUAUAAAGAAAGAAUCCUACUUGGCGAAAGUUCACUUAUCACAGUCUGGUCUGCAAUCAAUUAACCACAAUAAACGAGGGACGACUGGAUUAUUUUCAAAAACAGACUAUACAAAUAAAGGCCGCCUCUCCACUAAAUGCCUGGUACUCACUGAAGUUGAGUAAAUAAACACCAGCCGCCACUAUGUGAUGAAAUAUGGUAAUUACUGCAUACUCGCAUGACUUUAUACACGUGCACAAUAGAAAGAAAAGAACUUGAACAAACCCGAAAAGAGAGCCUCCAGUUCCUCGCUCUUGUUAGGAACGAUGUUGUUGGUGGCGGGGACGAAGGUGCAGCAAGGACAGUGGACGCCCAGCUUCAAGCCCAGAUUAUUCUCUGCCAGGACGCGAGAGGGAGAGUCAUACGAGAGCCAGGACCCCCUCGCCCGCGGCUGGACGGUGCGAGAGUCUAUGUAACGCUGAGUGGACGUGCUCUCCUCGUCUGGCUUCAGCAGCUGACAUAAACAAAGGCAAAGUGGACACACGUUAAGACAGAAAACCACACCUUCUUUUCACCUUUUUGGCAGGGGUGCACGAUAAUUAUCGUAGCCGAUCAUUUAGAAAAAACACUCCAUUGAGGCAAGAUUACCCGUACUGUGCGGGUGAGCAAAUCAGGCGCUCCUUUUUUCUCCUGCCUGUGACG